UAUUUGGAACACCAACGCUUGUUUUAAACAUAAUAUAUGGUAAUGGCAGAGAUUGGUGGCCAUUUGGCUCACCAGCUUCCCCUACACAAUCACAAUCAAACUGGAUUACAACCAUCGCUGGUGAUGAACCAUCACCUGGAUUUGGAUUGUCAUGGACAUGAUGUGAUAAAAAAACAACGGUUAUCGUUAUGUGUGGGUUGUGGUGGGCAAAUUCAUGAUCAAUAUAUCCUGCGUGUAGCUCCCGAUCUAGAAUGGCAUGCAGCGUGCCUCAAAUGCCAAGAAUGUCGGCAAUUCCUUGACGAAAGUUGUACGUGUUUUGUGCGUGAUGGCAAAACCUAUUGCAAACGCGACUAUGUACGAUUAUUCGGCACCAAAUGUGAUAAAUGUGGCAAUUCCUUUAGUAAAAGCGAUUUUGUGAUGCGGGCCAAAACGAAAAUCUUCCACAUAGAAUGUUUUCGUUGUUCGGCCUGUGCGAGACAAUUACUGCCAGGUGAUGAAUUUGCGUUAAGAGAUGGUGGCAUUUUGUAUUGUAAAGAUGACCAUGAUGUAUUGGAAAAAUCCUCCCAAAGUAGUUUGACCUCAUCAUCAUUGGAAAGCAACAAUAACAAUAGCUGUAGUAAUAACAACAAUCAUUCAAGUCUUAGCAAUAAUAAUAAUCAUUCCAGCGAAUUGGGUUCAAUGUCAGACUCUGGCAGUGAAUCUGGCUCACAUAAAAGUAUUAGGGAUAAACGGCCUUCGGGACCAUCGGAUGGAAAACCAACGAGAGUAAGAACGGUGCUCAAUGAAAAACAAUUGCAUACAUUAAGAACCUGCUAUAAUGCUAAUCCGCGACCUGAUGCGCUCAUGAAAGAGCAACUGGUAGAAAUGACAGGAUUAUCACCGCGCGUUAUACGUGUGUGGUUUCAAAAUAAACGCUGUAAAGACAAAAAGAAAACCAUACAAAUGAAAUUGCAAAUGCAACAAGAAAAGGAGGGUCGUAAAUUGGGCUAUGGAGCAAUGCAGGGAAUACCGAUGAUUGCCAGUUCACCCGUGAGACACGAUUCACCACUUAAUCUGCAGGGUAUCGAUGUACAGACAUAUCAACCACCAUGGAAAGCCUUGUCAGAUUUUGCACUACACGCUGAUUUGGAUAGUAAUGGUGCCAUAAAUACCCAUACACCAGCAUUUCAACAACUAGUCAAUCAGAUGCAUGGUUAUGAUCUAAAUGGCAUGCCACCAUUACAACCCCACCAACAAGGACCACAUCCGCAAAUACCGGGUCAACAAAUGAACGGUCCACCCGGUGGCAGUAUGGACUCAGGAAUUACCUCACAUCAUCAUCCGGACAGUACAGAUUCCUAUGUCACCUAUUUGGAGAGCGAUGAUAGUAUGCCUGGCAGUCCGUAGAUAAUCGAAUGCAAACGUAUCUAAUUUGCUUCUUUUGUUGCUUCACAAACAGAAAAACUAACGUUGACGCCAUCCUCAACAACAUCAUCAUCCUGUUCCUCAGCAUCCUAUUCUGUUGCUGGCAAUGCAGGUAUCUCUCAAACAGUACAAUACAACAACAACAAC